CUCAUCAGACCUGAAGAGAUGACUAACCCAAAAGUGGAUGACCUCAGCAUGAUGACCUACCUGUCCCAGUUCCCUAAAUCCAAACGAGGACCUGGAGCUCCCAUUCAACAAACUGCAGCUCCCCCUCACCAGGCGGCCCCUGCUCCUGCUGCACCAGAAGUCAAUGUUGGUCGAUGCAGAGCUUAUGGUCCAGGAAUUGAACCUACGGGCAAUCAGACUGUUGGAGCUGGAACUGGCAAGCUUGAUGUGCUUGUCCUUAACCCCAAAGGAAAAACUUUGCCGUGUGAGGUGGUUUUCAACAAUGACCCAAAUGCUACCUACUCUUGUGUCUACGUCCCAAAUAUUGAAGGAAGCUACAGGGUGAUCAUCAAGUUUGCUGGAAAAGAAAUUCCCAAGUCUCCAUUUAGUGUCAAGGUUGAAGGUGCGGCUGGUGACCCUGCAAAGGUCACAGCUGCAGGACCUGGUCUGGAGAAAACUGGAGUGAUUGUUGGCAAAAAGACCUACUUUGAAGUCUAUACACAGCAGGCUGGCAGAGGCACUGUUGAUGUUGUUAUUCUGGAUCCAAAUGGACAAAGGGACACAGUGAAACAUACAAUCAACCCAAUCUUAGGCAAGGAGGGGACCUACCGUGUCGAGUACACUGCACUGGUGCCUGGUCUUCACUCAGUCAACAUUGUCUUCAAUGGGGUCCAGAUUCCCGGGAGCCCUUAUGGUGUCAAUGUCGCCUCAACAUCCAAUGCAAAAGCUGCUUAUGCAACAGGAAGAGGUAUUCAACCACGAGGUGUCCGAGUCAAAGAUAAUGCUGUAUUUUAUGUGCAUACCAAGGGAGCUGGUGAGGGACAGGUUGGAGUUCAAAUUUUUGGACCAGGUGGAGUUGAGGAGAAGUGCCAGGUAAAGCCUGUACCUGGAGACCAGGGAGUUUAUGAAUGUAUUUACAUUCCCUCUAAACCAGGCACCUACAUCAUCAAUGUCACUUUCGGCGAUCAGCAUAUCAACAAAUCUCCAUUUAAGGUGGAGGUUGGCCCUAUUUGGAAUACAAAGAUCAGAGCCUUUGGCCCUGGUUUGGAAGGAGGUGUGGUGAGCCAACCUGCAGUCUUCACUGUUGAAACUAAUGGAGAAGUUGGUGCUCUAGGCUUCUCCAUUGAGGGCCCAUCUCAGGCAAAGAUUGACUGCAAAGAUAACGGGGAUGGCUCUGCUGAUGUGACCUACUGGCCCACUCAAGCUGGAGAGUAUGCAGUUCAUGUCUUGUGUAAUGAUAAGGACAUUCCCAACUCUCCGUACAUGGCCGACAUCAUUGCUCCUCAGGCAUACAAUCCUGGCAAGGUUGUAGCUAAAGGUCCUGGGCUGGAGAAAACAGGCCUGGCACCAAACAAGUGGGCGGAGUUUACCGUGGACACCCGCCCUGCUGGCAAGGCUCCACUCCACAUCAGCUGUAUGGAUGUGGACUACAAGCCUCUGGAUGUGCAGGUACAAGACAAUGGUAAUGGCACAUACAGUUGCCGAUACUUCCCUACAAGAAAUGUCAAGCACACAGUGACUAUAACAUAUGGUGGGGUCAUAAUUCCCAAGGCACCAUUCAGGACCUUCACCCCGACCUACUUUGUUGUGGACUGCAAAGAGGCUGGACCAGGUGACGUUGCUGUUGGCCUUACUGAUGAAAGAGGUGUGGAUGUGCCAGUAAAGACUAUUGACAACCAAGAUGGCACCUUUACAGUUCAGUAUGAACCCAAAACACCUGGGGUGUACACUGUGCUUGUUUACUUUGCUAACAAAGAAGUGCCACAAAGCCCCAUCAAGGUCAAAGUUGAACCAAGCAUUGAUGUUAGCAAGGUCAGAGUGGUUGGAUUGGAACCAAGAGUGUUCCUGGACUGCCCUAAUGAAUUUACAGUAGAUGCCAGGUCAGUGUCUCCUAAUGCUCAAGGCAAGGUCAAGGCUAUUGUAACAAGCCCUAGCGGUCAAAGAACUGACACACUGGUUAAAAACAAUGGUGAUGGCACUUAUAUUGUGCUCUACACACCAUUUGAACAAGGGCCACAGAAGAUUGAUGUCACCUACGAAGAUCUGCCAAUUCCCAAGUCCCCAUUCAAUGUGCCAGCUAUACCAGGGAGUGAUGCCAGCAAGGUCAAAGCUUAUGGGCCAGGCCUGGAAGGUGGUCUUACUGACCAGCCUGCUGUGUUCACAGUGGACAUGAAAGGAGCUGGGAAGGGAGGUCUGGGACUGGGCAUUGAGGGUCCAGUCGAGACUCCCAUGCAAUGCCAGGACAACCAUGAUGGCACCUGCCAGGUGGUAUACCAACCCUCCAAGGCUGGACCCUAUGAUAUUGCUGUCAAGUUCAAUGACAAGCAUAUUCCUGGCAGCCCAUUCCGUGUGGACAUCAAGAACCCUGUGAACCCAGCCAAGGUCAAGUGUUACGGCCCUGGCCUUGACAGUGCCAAUGUCAAGGCAGGACUCCCAGCCGUGUUCACAGUAGAUGCUUCUGAGUCUGGGCCAGCACCUCUGGAGGUCACGUACACUGACAGAACAGGUAUUAAACGUCCAGCAGACCUUGUGCCCAUCGCUGACAGAGUUUACCAAGCUACCUAUGUGCCGACAGUAGAGGGGCCAUGCCAGGUGGAAGUUAAACAUGCAAACCAGAAUGUACCUGGCAGUCCGUUCCGCGUGAAUGCUGGACCAGGAGUUGAUCCCACCAAGGUCAGGGUCACAGGACCUGGUGUAUCUGGCACUACACCUGCCAGUUUGCCAGCUCCAUUUAAUGUGGAUACUCGACAAGCUGGCAAAGCCAAUCUUGAGGUCUUUGUGAAGCGUCCAGAUGACACAUUCAUCCGCCCAUUCAUCCAAGAUCACAGAGACGGGACAUAUGAUGUGGUGUACACACCGGAGGAUCAGGGCCUGUACGAUAUCACCGUCCAAUAUGGAGGCCAGAAUGCACCAGGAUCACCUUUUCAUGUCAAGGCUACACCUACAGGAGAUGCUAGCAAAUGUAGAAUCACAGAUGGCGAUGACCGAACCAUCCCAGUUGGCAAAGAGACCAUCAUUACAGUGGAUGCUGCCCAGGCUGGUGUUGGAAAAGUCACCUGUCGGAUCCGAUCCCCAAGUGGCAGUGACAUUGACAUUGACAUCAUUGACCAGGGAGAUGGCACAUUCUCCAUCUCCUUCACCCCACAGUUCCCAGGACCUUACACGAUUGAAAUCAAGUUUGGUGGUGAGCUGGUCCCCAAUGGAACCACUGUGGUCAUGUCAUCUGGAAAACGAGCUUACCCCAAUAUUGAGGAUAACAAGGAUGGAACAGUGACUGUGAGGUACCAACCUACAGAGACAGGACUUCAUGAGCUUCACAUGCAGUAUAAUAAUGAAGAAAUUGAAGGAAGUCCUUUCUUGUUCCACGUUGAGUCUGUCGACUCAGGUUAUGUGACUGCCUAUGGGCCUGGUCUGAGUCAUGGUGUGGUUUACGAACAAGCCGUCUUCACCAUCAAUACGAAGAAUGCUGGCGCCGGAGGACUGUCUUUGGCCAUAGAAGGCCCAUCAAAGACGGAGAUACAGUGUAAGGAUAAUGAAGAUGGAACUUGCACAGUCUCCUACCUGCCCACCGCACCUGGGGAGUACCAGAUAACUGUCAAAUUUGCAGACAAGCACAUUGCUGGUUCACCUUUCACUGCCAAGGUUACACCUGGAGAAGCUCGAAGGAAGAACCAAAUCCUGGUUGGUAGCAGUUCUGAGGUCUCACUAAAGGUCACCGAGAAGGAUGUGGAGAGUUUAACUGCUACAAUUGUGUCUCCUUCCGGAAGGGAGGAACCAUGUUUCCUGAAACGUUUGGCUAAUGGUCACCUAGGUAUUACUUUCACACCCCGAGAAACGGGCGAGCACCUUGUCAACGUGUUCAGGAAUGGAGUUCACAUCGCCAACUCACCAUUCAAGAUCACAGUCGGUGAAAGUGAGAUUGGCAAUGCCAGCAAGGUCAAGGUUUAUGGCAAAGGUCUUCAGGAGGGCACAGCCAAUGAAGUCAAUGAGUUUAUUGUGGACACUCGAGAAGCAGGUUAUGGAGGCAUGUCGCUGUCUAUUGAGGGCCCAAGCAAGGCUGAUAUUGAGUGUCAUGACAAUGAAGACGGCACGUGCCGUGUCACCUACAAACCCACAGAACCUGGAAAUUACAUCAUCAAUAUCAAAUUUGCUGAUCAGCAUGUCCCAGGUACAGUACUUAUACGCAGUCCCUUUACUGUGAAAAUUGGAGGCGAACCUUCGGCCAAGAUCACCGAACGUAUCACCCGCCACAAGGAGGCAGCCGACAUCACCCACGUGGGCAGUCAGUGUGAGCUCAGUCUGAAGAUUCCAG